UCCCUCCCUGUGGCCGGCGGCAGCAGCAGCAGCAGGACACCCAGGAAAAUGGCUUCGUUGGCCCGGUCUCUCCGCCUCGCUGGCCGCGUCAGGGCCUCCACAGUGCUGGCCAUCGUGCCCCGGGCAGCCACAGUAGGGUGCCUCCACAGCCUCAGCGUGCGGGACCACAGUGCCACCAGCAGAGUGCCGGGGCCGGCGCUGAAGACACCUUGGGUCAGCAGUGUGCGUGACUACUCUGGCAAGGCUCCCCUCACCCUCGACCUCAUCCAGCAGAGAGUCUUGCUUGUGUUGAAGCUUUACGACAAGAUCAACCCAGAGAAGCUGUCGGUGGAGUCACACUUCAUGCAGGAUCUUGGACUGGACUCCUUAGACCACGUGGAGGUCAUCAUGGCCAUGGAGGAUGAAUUUGGUUUUGAGAUCCCUGAUGCUGAUGCUGAGAAGCUGCUCCGGCCAGCUGACAUCAUCCGGUAUGUGGCUGACAAGGAGGACAUUUAUGACUGAAAAGACAGCACAGCACGGGGACAGGGCAAGAAGGAGAGAAAAGAAUGAUGAGAGGUCACCUGCCAGCCGGCCAUCACCUGUACCACACACACAGUCACACCCACACCCACACACAUACACAUGCAAGCAGCUUCUUUCCCUCACAAACAUUGUUGUUGAGUUGAGACACAUUAGCAAGGGAGCAAGCACCAGGGGCCUCCUUACUUGCCAGACGUAUAGCCGUGGGAAAGGCAGGAGUGUUGUGGCAGUGUUGUAAAUACUUUGUGAAUGUGGAAAGGAAGAGAGGAAGGGCUGCCUUUGCCACACGGUUGGUGCAUCUGUUUGCAAAAUUCAUCACCACACUUGAUUUUACUCCUCCAAGCUUCUUGUAUUCUAAAUUAUUGGUGGUGUAGGUUUGGUGGUUAUUUUUUUCACCCAAGACCUCAUUUUUUUUAUUUAUAACUGUAUUUAAUAGUUAAUAUGUACAGAUGCCUAAUAAAAUAUAAAAUACUGAA